UUCAAUUCAGUUCGAGUUUAGCCUUCGAUGCGUUCAGACGUGUUCGGAAAAACUGAAAUAGCAAGCAAAAAGUAAACUCUACAUUCAACCAACCGCAUACAACAGCAUUUGUGUAUCUGUCAGAACGUUCGCCAGCGACAACGUCGAGUGUAAAGUGCUUGAACAGCCAAAACAAAAGUGAAACAUACGCCAGUUGGCCAUUUGUCAAAUCAGUGAACGCAAGCAAUUUCUUAAAUAAAUAAGAAAUUCAAAGUGUGCAUUUUAUUAAUAAAUAUUCAUAAAAAAAAAACCCACAAAUAUUUUCAAAUCAAAUUUUGCCGUCGCAUUCCCCUUUGGAUUACUCUACACAACAACAACAACAGCCAGCAGCUGCAAUUUCUUGUAUAGCUGCUCGGGCAUAACCCGUCGCAUUUUCUGUGGAUUACCCGACAAACAAAAGCCAAAGCAGCUCCAAAAUGGUUGUCUUGGAAGGUGGCGGUGGUGUUGUUACCAUCGGCAAUAACCAGUACUUGCAGCCGGAUUACCUGGCACCAUUGCCCACAACGAUGGAUGCCAAAAAGAGUCCACUCGCAUUACUGGCCCAGACAUGCUCACAGAUUGGCGCUGAUUCAUCGGCCGUCAAGCCGCUGCUGGCCGUGGAUAAGAACAAAAAGUCCGGCACGUGCUCCUCGUCUUCGACCUCGUCCAGCUCGUCGAGCAGCGCGGAAAUCUCAGCGGCCAAGUCGCCCAGCCAGGCCAAGUCGCCCAAGUCCAGCACGCCCAUAACCACAACCAUUGGCAGCGAGAUGAAGCUGGCCUUCAAGCCGUACGAGACGAACGUGCUGAGCCAGCAGAAUCAGAACAGCUUCAAGAGCAGCGCCAGCCUGGCCAGCGAUGAGCCGACCCGGCCCAGCUCCAAGAGCUCCACGCAGGAGCGUGUGCCCUCGCGCAACAAGUCAAACGCCACGCCCACCGAUGCGGCACAGUCAAAGCCGGAGGGCAUGCCCACAACGCCACAUGACGGCAGCCGCAAGACAGUCUCGCCCGCCGGCUCCUCCCAGCGCGGCGCUAGUCCCAUUGUGCGCUCCGGCAUGGAGGUGCUGAACAAUGCAAACGGCACAGCACAGCAUCCCAAGGAGAUGAGCAGCAUGGCAGCUGCAGCGGCCGCCGCGGCGGCGGCUUACAAGGCAGCCGGCCCGUAUGGACUGAAUCCGCUGUCGGCGCUGUGCUGUCCGCCCGGCAUGGAGCAGCACGCGAAUCCAGCAUUUCGUCCGCCGUUUGCCGGUGGCUUCUCGCAUCAUCAUGCGGCCAUGCUGGCCGCAGCGGCAAGCAGCGGCUAUCCUGGGGCCGGAGCUGGCCCCGCCGGACAGCCCAAUCCGUACAUAACCUAUCAGCGCAUCAAGACACCAGCCGGUGGCGAGGCCAUUGUGCCCGUCUGCAAGGAUCCGUACUGCCCCGGCUGCCCCUACUCCGCACACACGCAACAGAUGCUGAUGGGCGCACCCUGUCCCGCCGGCUGCACGCAGUGCGAGCACCAGAAGUACGGCAUGGCCAUGGCCAGCGCCGGCCUGCCGCCAGCUCAUCCCUACUCGCAGGCGGCAGCAGCUGCGGCCGCCAAUGCAGCCGCCGCUCGCUCUGCACCCUACGUCUGCAGCUGGGUGGUGGGCGAUGCCUACUGUGGCAAGCGCUUCCAGACCUCCGACGAACUCUUCACCCAUCUGCGCACCCACACGGGCAACCUGUCGGAUCCGGCUGCCGCCGCCGCAGCCCUGGCCCAGUCACAGGCUCAGUCGCUGCUCGGCACGCUCUUUCCGCCAUCGGCCCUGCGCGCCGGCUACCCCACGCCGCCCCUGAGUCCCAUGUCCGCAGCUGCCGCCGCGGCGCGCUACCAUCCGUAUGGCAAGCCGCCGGGCGCCAUGGCGGGCGCCCCUUCCCCGUUUGGCGCCGCAGGCGCCUUCAAUCCGGCGGCGGCGGCUGCCGCUGCUGCCCUGGGCCCCUACUACUCACCGUAUGCCAUGUACGGACAGCGCAUGGGCGCGGCGCACCAGUAAGCGGCACGUCUUGGAUACCAAAUAAAGUAGGAAGCAAGGCGGUUAAGUGUUGUGCAACGAUCGAAAAACAUAGACAGAUUGAUAGUGUUGCAAACACAGCAACAACAAGUUACAACAGCUCUGUUUUAUAAUAUAAAUAUUGAAAUGAUUUCAAAAACAAAAAAAAAGAAAAAGAAACAAGAAGAAAAAGAUUAUUAGUGUAACGCUGUCAGCGGCGUUCGCUGUUCUGUGAUACUAAACUGUAGAUUUGUCGAGCGCUAGUUACGUUUAAGUUUCAGAUAACCACAGAUACUACAACAGAGAAUCCAAAAGCAAAAUAAUAAUAUCCAUUAAAAUAUUUCAAGUCGUAGUUACAGUUAUAAAAAAAAGAAGAAUUUGCUCAGUUUUUGUUUGCAUUACAUUAACAUGGAUUUCGAUUUCAAUUUGAAUCAAACAUAGCGACAUUGUUUUUUAACAUUAAUUUUUAAGACGCGUUUGUUCUCAAAGUUCAACCAAAGUUUUUCUAUGACUUCCAAUUUCUCCCGCGACCUACAUAUAUAUAUAAAUACAUUUAUGCAAAUCGUAUAAUUAUCAGGUUUUGUUUACUUAUGUAUACACAUUUAACUGAUGUUUAAGCUUUGUUUAAUUUUAAUUUGUCUAGGCUAAACUUAGUUCUUAAUUAUUAUAUACAUACAUGUACGGAUAAUAAUAUGAUUACAAAUUCAAUAAUGUUUUAAGUCACCUACACAUAUGUAAACUACUGCGUAUAAUAAAACUGUAAUAACAAAAAACAAAGAACAAAGCAAAAAACAAAAAAAAAAAACAAACAAAAAAAAAAUUUUAAAAAAAUAUACAAAAAGAAGAUUUCAUGUAUAAUUAUUUACUGUGUAUCAACUCAAUGCAUAUAAA